UGGGGGGAGGGGGAGAGGGGCUUGGGAAGGUGGUUUGCGGUCUAAAACUUGACGCUCAGCCGUUGCAGUACAGUAAGUCGACAUCGUGUUUGGAAUAGCACAACUGACUGUGGUUUGCUUCUGCCCCUCUGAUGGUGUUUAAUACUAUCUGUACAGUGAUGUAGAAUGUAGAGUUGACAGAUUUGUGAGUGAACAUUCGCGGCGGGGUGAGGAAAUGGCUUAGCUCGUUGUCGUGGCUGUUGCACAUGGGGUGGUACCUGUGUAGUUGUUAGGUUAGUGUGUAGUUGUUACUCACUGUGUAGCUGAUAGUGUGUAGCUGUUGCACACGGUACACACGGAAUGUUAGUGUGUAACUGUGCUUCUCUUUACACAAACACACGAUCAGAUGAAAGGAUUGAUUUAGAUCUCUAGACAGCACACAUUGCGCGCUCCAUGCCACCUGACCUCUCGGACUUGUUGUAUAGAGGAAUGUGUCGCUGAGGGACGCAGAUAGUGUCAGGGAAUACCAGGAACUAUCAAGACUGUCCGGAAAUACAAGGAAUACCAGGAUUGUCGGGGAAUACCAGGAUUGUGGAGGAUAGCGUGGAUGGAAGCGCCGUGAACAGGUCUGGAUGGAGGUCUUAGAAAGUAUUCCCCGCCCACAUUCCUGCCCGGCCCUCGUCACUUCCCGCCACAGGGACAGCCACAGAUCGCGGCCUGUCCCCCACAGGGUGGUCUACAGCUGUUUCAACAACGGCCACAGGAGGCAGGAGGUUCUGGAGAUCCUAGACACACCCACCACAUCAGUGGACCGUCACCGAAAUCCGACAGAACAUCACGUCACAGCGGGCCGUCACCGACAUCCGACAGAACAUCACGACACGUGGCCUCCCCACUCCCGGGAUGAACAAAACAUCAGCAGUGGUCAUAGUUACAGCAAGGAACAACAGAUCAGCCACAGCCGCAGCACCAGUGCUGACCACGAGCUGCCGGAGAGCGCGAGACUGAGGGGAGAGCAGCACAUAGAGCACCGGAAGUGCGGCAGCAGCCAUUGUGAGGUGUGCCGGCCUCCACUGACGGACUACCGCGACCUGCGGCAACUCCCGGAGCCUGUGUUGUUUGUGCGCUGGGAGAAGAGGGGGAACUGCCACAGCGGCGCCACCUUGAGGAAGGUCAACUAUAAGGUCAAUG